AUGUUAACUACGCUGGGCCGGCUGUCCAAGUGUACAAUUUCAUCUGUAGCAAACAUCUUUCUCGGUCAGACAUCGAAUAUCAUCAAUCGUACAGGAGAUUCAAUUUUACAACGUGCUAUCGUGCAACCAUUUAGAACAAUGACUUCCAACGUGCCGGAACCAGCGAAGCGAUUCAAGGAUGACCAUCCCAGUGCGGCAGCCAAAAGGGUGAAGAUUGGAACCCACGAUGGCAUUUUCCAUUGUGACGAAGUCCUUGCUUGCUUUAUGCUGCAACAACUUCCACGGUACGCAUCGGCGGAGAUUAUCCGAACUCGAGAUACGAGCAAACUGGACGAAUGUGAUAUAGUUGUGGAUGUUGGAUCUAUAUUUGACCGGGAACGCCAUCGGUACGAUCAUCAUCAGGGUGUGUUCAACGAAUCAUUUCGGACGCUUCGCCCUGAUCUGGACGUGAAAUGGGACAUACGGCUCAGUUCGGCAGGACUGGUCUAUACGUACUUUGGUGAGGAAGUGCUCAAGGAUAUAUUGCAAAACGAGCUGGGACUGGAGGAACCAAGCGCCGAAUGUUUGCGGUCGGUGUACAAGAAGAUUUACGAAGGAUUGAUCAGUGAGAUCGACGCGAUCGACAACGGUGUGCCGAUGGUCGAGAGCGGAGAGCCACGGUACAACAUUUCCACCCAUCUUAGUGCACGAGUUGCCUCAUUCAAUUCUCGCUGGGACGAACCAACACCCGAGCCUGGUUGUUUAGAGCGUUUCGAAAAGGCCAAAGCGUACGUAGGGUUGGAAUUUAUCGAAAAAGUGAAAUACUACGCCAGCUCUUGGUGGCCAGCGCGCGAUAUCGUAUUGAAAGCGUUGGCCAAUCGUGUGGCUUUACACGAGUCAGGUGAAAUACUCGAGCUGGAGAAACCGUGCCCUUGGAAGGAACAUCUUUACCAGCUGGAACAAGAACAAAAACUGGUUGGCACGCCGAAGUACGUUAUAUACUGCAAUAAGGAAAAUGAUUGGCGAGUUAUAUGCGUACCGGUGCAACCGGCCAGCUUCGUCUGUCGCAAAUUUUUAGCCAAACCGUGGCGGGGUAUACGGGACAAAGAACUAGAGCAAGUGUCAGGCAUUGCGGGUAUAAAUUUUUGCCAUCAGAACGGGUUCAUUGGUGGUACCAAGACGCGCGAAGGGGCACUAAAAAUGGCAAUAGCAAGCUUAACGGCUCCGGAGGAAGCCUGA